AUGAAUGAUGACUAUGCAUCGAAACCUCCUACAUACAUAUGGGAUAUAAACAUUGGUUUAAAUGCAUUAUCAGAAAAUAUUCUAGAUUCUAUUUUAUUUUUUGGUUUUAUUAUAAGUAUAUUAGGGUCCUUUUAUUUUCUGUACUGGUUACAAAGUGGAGAAAUGAGAAACAUGUGCAAUAAAAGUAGUUAA